GAGGAAUCGUUAGCCGUCGAGCGAAAAGUGAUGGACAUUAAGAUUAGGAACAAACGGCUGACGGAAGACGAGAUUGUCUCCCAGGCCUUCGUACUCAUGUCGGGAGGGUUUUCGGCCACUUCAUCGUUACUAGCGUUCACGGCAUACGAGUUCGCCCUAAACCCUGACUAUCAGCGCCGCCUACGCGACGAGAUUACAGACGCUAUCAGCGCCACAAACGGUGAAAUGCCGUACGAUGUGUUGGCACGACUACCCUAUUUAGAUGCCGUCGUGUCAGAGAUCCUGCGCAGACACUUCUCACCUAUAUCACUAUUUAGAUACCCGUCCGUUGACUAUCGUUUAGGCGAUACGGGUAUUACCUUGAAGGCUGGACAACAGAUAGAAAUCCCCACAUACGCCAUACACCUGUCCGAUGAGUAUUAUCCGGACCCGUUUAAGUUUGAUCCUGAUAGGUUUAUGCCCGAGAAUAGGCACCUUAUUAAGCCUUAUACAUUCCUGCCCUUCGGGGGCGGUCCUCGUAAUUGCGUUAGUAUGCGAUUCGCGUUGCUUCAGAUCAAGACAUGUUUGGCUCAUAUUGUGUUGAAGUACCAGUUCUUCAAGACUCCCAAAACGGAUGUCCCGUUGCAAUACCAACGAUCCAUUAAAAUAAUUCCUUUCUGUAGGUCUGUCCUCAUGACUGCCCGGGAGCUCAACAUUGAGCUGAAUGUCAUUGAAAUAGAUGCCGGCGCUGGGGAUCAGUUGAAGCCGCAAUUUCUUAAGUUGAAUCCGAGUCAUAAGAUCCCGACUAUAGUGGACGAGGGGUUUGUGUUAUGGGAGAGUCGGGCGGUUAUGCAGUACUUGUGCAACAAAUACGGUCCCGACUCUACUCUAUACCCGCGGGACCCCAAAAAGCGGGCUAUAGUGGACCGGUGGCUCAAUUAUGACACAUCGCUCAUGGAGUCCAUGAAAUCUGGAGUGGCUUUCUGUGGUGUGAAUCCGCCCGAAGACAAGAUCACAGCACUGAAGACUAAUUUGAAACUUACGGACCAAUUGAUCGGCGAUAAGAGGUAUGUGACGGCAGAUCACUUGACUAUCGCAGACCUGACACUGUUGGUCACGACUGUGCCACUAUUGAUGACCCAGUACGAUUUACCUUAA